AAAAAAAAAAAACAAGAAGAAGAAGCGGAGCCGCCUAUGUGUGGGCCCGCGCUCCCACUCGUGCGCGAGCAAACGAAAGCGAGACCGAGACGCCACCUUUCCUCCUCCUUGCCUGGCUGCCUCGUUGCCUCCGCCACCGCCGCCCGGAGCCCGCAGCCGUCGACCUCCCGGGUCCCCGGCCGUCGAUUCCUCCGCUACCAACUCGCGGCUGAACUUCAAGAUGAUGGCAUCCACACUCUCAACUUCAUGCACUCUCAGAGGCAACUUUGGCAUUCAAGUCUCGGUUGCUGCAGUGAAGAGCCCUUUAUCUGCGAGUUUUCUCAGCCACCCCUCUGUGACCUCUAGCCUGAAAACCUCCAGGAAACUUGGUCUUGCUGCAAUGGCUGUCUACAAGGUGAAGCUCGUCUCACCAGAAGGGGACGUGCAUGAGUUUGAGGCUCAAGACGAUACUUACAUCCUGGACUCUGCUGAGUCUGCUGGAGUGGAGCUGCCAUACUCAUGCCGUGCUGGGGCUUGCUCUACAUGCGCUGGCAAAAUUGAGGCUGGCAUCGUUGAUCAGUCAGACGGAUCAUUCCUUGAUGACUCGCAGCAGGCUGAGGGAUACCUUCUUACCUGUGUGUCCUACCCGAGGUCUGACUGCGUCAUCCAUACUCAUAAGGAAGGUGAACUGUACUAGCCGGUCCCAUUGGGAUUGAGAUACAGAUGCACUCGAAAUUGUUAAGGAGCGACAUCCAGCUCAUGUAUCAUUUUAGAUAUCCUAUCAUGCAGAAUGCAGCGAUGCUCUAGCCUCUAGGCAGUCAAUUAAUUAGGUUGAACAAAAAACAUGACGCGCAAAGUUAGCUCAUUCAACUGCUGAAGUUUUGGAUGUCUCCGAAUAAUAAAAUGGAGAAAACAGUGUGACUGAAUGUUGCCCAUCGUGUUGGUGUUGUGCUAUGCAUCUUCAUGGAUUUUUGAUCUUGGAAGUUGCAGCAAUCUGAUUCUGCAUAGUUUUAUA